AAGUAGUUAUAUUUCGAGCCAAACGCUUGAAUUUUAUUUUACGAGAACAAUGCCCCAUUGCUUCAAUGCUUGUCGUCAAUAGCUGUGAAUAAUUAUGAUUUUGAUAGCUUGCUUGCAUAUCCUGUUUGCAUACGGUGCGAAAGCAGCGCUAAUACAUUAUUCAUUGAGUCAAAGAUGGCCAGAUCAGCCCGUCUUGGCUCUACAUGGCUAACUGAAAUCUAGAUGAUGAUACACAGAUCGAAGUUAUCGAAUGUUUACAAGUCAAACUGGAGCAAAAGAUUACACAUAAGAUAUAAAUUUAUAUAAUUACUCAUUGUCGUGGGGGUUGUUUUAGUAAAACAUAUUUCUUUAAAUUCGGAUUGUUUUAGUCCUUAGUAUACCGUGUGUUUUCUCUAAGAUCAAAUCAAUUUUGGGUGAACAACUUAUAUUUAGAAUUUUAUUUCUUGUUUUGAUAUAGUUCCCACCUGUAAAAGGCUUAUUCCUGGAUCAAUACCUACUCUUAACCUUCCUGAAAGGAGCAUUCCAUCAACAUCUACAAGUGCACCAAGACGUGAACUUGUUCGACAUGAACUAAAGGUAAAACCAGUGUAUACAAGUGUUGAUGAUUUCAGGAAGAAAUCAGAAAAAUUAAAAUUAACUAGCUGGAGCAAAAGUGUGAAUGAGAAUAAUGUAACUCUUGUGUUAUGGGAUCAGACAUAUGCUCUUCCUAAACUGUCAGUGACAGUUGAAGAUUCACUGAAUUUAACUGUUGCGGCUUAUAACUGGCUACUCCCUGAUGAGCACACAUUUUAUUUAACCCACAAGAGAUCUGUGAGAUAUGCUACAAUUUCUAGCAUAUUGUCAUCAUUAGAGCAAUUUCAGUUGUGUUGUGGACUUCCUGUUGAGGAGCCAUUUAUUUCUGCUGCAACUGAUCCAUCCAGUGAUAACUGUGUUGAGAAUAUUAUUCGGCACACCGUCCCUAUCAAGCAAGAAGAGUAUGGUCCAAAUGGGAAUCCAUUUCAAGCAAAAGUCUUUUUACGGUCACAUGACUGCCAGCUGCUCUGUGAUACUGAUAAAUGUGACAAUUGUGGCGCCACAGAAAAGUCAAUGCAGAAGUCAUCAAAAGCCAAAGCAGUCAAGGAAGCCCGGCCAGUCCCAGCCAAAGCACCACUUUCAGCUACCAGUAAAGAAAGGUUGGUUGCAACUAUCCAGGAGCAACGUGUUCUGACAAAACAAAUGGAAGAAAAGAUUGCUGCACUUGAAGCUGAAAUUGAAAAGAACAGUAUUCCUGUUAAUGAAGCACUUGAGAAAGAUAUUUUGGCAAUAUUUGCAGAUAAUCCUAGCAUUGAGGUAACACCUCAUAUGAGAGUUUUUUGGGAGCAGCAGAGGAAACUUGUAGCAUCUCCUAAGUUUGGAAGAAGGUACCAUCCACAAAUCAUCAGAUUUUGUCUCUCAUUACAUGCAAAAUCACCGGCAGCAUAUAAGGAGUUACAAGAGUCCGGAAUUUUAGUGUUGCCAAGCCAAAGAACAUUGCGAGACUAUAGGAAUUUCUUCAAGCCAAAGCCAGGGUUCAACUCAAAGAACAUUGACAGAUUGAAAGAUCUUUCGAGAGAAUACUUUGACAUCCAAAGAUAUGUUGUACUGAGUUUUGAUGAAAUGAAAAUUCAGUCAAAACUGGUUUUUGAUAAACGGUCUAAUGAACUGAUCGGGUUUGUUGACCUCGGUGAAGAGCAAGUGAAUGAUGCAUUUUGCUCUACUGAUGAGCUAGCCACACAUGCGUUGGUGUUUUUGGUGCGAGGUGUAGCAACUGACUUGAAGUUUACCCUAGCUUACUUUCUUACAAAGGAUGUGACUUCUUACCAACUAAUGUCACUCUUUUGGAAGGCUGUAUGCGUGUUAGAGUUAGGAUGUAAUCUUUGGGUCUGUGCUGCUGUUAGCGAUGGGGCGUCACCUAACCGCCGAUGCUACGAGCUACAUGAGGAAAUCUCUGGUGAAGAUGAAGAACUAGUUCAUGCAACCAUUAACCUCUUUUGCCCAAGCAGAAAAAUCUAUUUUUUUUCUGAUGCACCACACUUAGUAAAGACAACUAGAAAUUGUCUUUUAAUUCUGGAAGUGGAAAGCGAACCCGCAACCUAUGGAACAAUGGCAAAGCAUGGCCUUCAUCAGUUGCCAAAACUGACUAUGGAUCAUAUUGAUCUAAAGUCAUUUUCAAAGAUGAAGGUCAGCUUAGCAACUCAGGUGAUGAGCAAAACUGUGUCAUUGGCAUUAAAGCGAUACUUCCAUGAAGGGGAUGCAGAUGAAACAGCAAAGUUGUGUGAGAUGGUGAAUGACUUUUUCGAUUGUCUUAAUGUUCGUUCCUUUCAUGAACAUGAAAGGAAACGAAAUAUGUUGCUGGCACCAUACCGAAGCAGUACAGAUGUUCGGUUUGACUGGCUUGAGAAUGUCUUCCUCAAGUACUUGAGCGAUUGGUUUUCCUCCACUCAGACUCGUGCUGGCACAUAUACACCAGAGCAAAGGGCUCAAAUGUUUCUGUCAACACAGACAUAUAAAGGACUGCAAAUCACCAUCAAGUCUGUUGUUCAGGUAACCAAAUUCCUACUGGGUGAAGGAUGUGAGAGUGUUCUGACGGAAAGGUUUUGCCAAGAUGAUAUCGAAGAAUAUUUUGGCUACCAACGAGCCCAGGGAAGACGAGCAGACAACCCUACGGCUGCUGACUUUGGCUACAAUGAUUUAAGAAUUUCAGUUCUUAGAGACAUUGCCCCAACUGCCGAAGGUAAUGUUGCUGGUCGCCACAUUGGUCUAAGAACUAAAUGGCACACUGUCUCCGAAGAGCCAUUGCCGAAACGUUCAAAAAAGAAAUAA